UAGCCAUACGAACGUUAGCCCCUCGUAAGCAUAUAAUUUGAAGUAGUUAUUGUCAUUUGCAUAUGUGCGAUCCAAGACGAAGCAGUCUGAUUGUGUUUAGACUCUAGUCUAUUUGUUGGGGACGAAUUCUUUGGAAACGCGUAGGAGGGCAAAAAGCAAUAGGAUUAAUAGACUCGUUGGCAGGUGACUUAAAAAGUUGGUUGGUCUCAAGAAGUAUCUUACUUGUAAUUCUAGUAAUUGAAGAAAUUGCAAGCCCUAACUGGUAUUGUCUCUAGUAAGAUUGAAUUGAUAGACACACAAGAGACUUAUUCAUUCACUAACAAUAUCGCUCAAUUAUGUUUUUGUGAAACCAGACCUGGCCCGAACAAAAGGAUGUUGGCAACCAUUAUUUAUUCUGCUAACACUCUGGCCUCGACCUGACUCACUUGCGCUAUAUAUUAGAUUCUCAGAGCAACAUUAGACAUGGCGUCCCGAUAGCCUCGAUAUUAAACUCUCAGUUCCUAAACUAGUCAUCGUCAAGAAAAAAAGGUCUUAGUUUUAACAUGGAAAAAAAAUUUCGCGGCAAAGUUACGGCUUUUCAAGUCAAAUCUGCGGUUGAGAGAAUGGCGGAUAGACCAGAGGACAUACCUUGGCCUUGUAUUGCUGGGCCUAACAUGCCCGAUAYGAAUCCAAAACUGUGGAAAAAACCGCGUUUGGACAUGAAUAGCUCGCUGGCUUUUCUUCGACGAGAAUUGGCCGCCAUGCAGCUGCAAGAUCGAGCCAUACAUAAACAACUAGUGAAGCUCAACUCUACGAUACUCGGCCUUAAAACAUCCCUCAAUGAAUCAUGGGAACAGGAAGACAGGAGUGAAACUGAGAGCGAAAUCGAGGCUGUUUGCUACCCGACCGAGGCCUCCUCGUCCGUCACCAAAGUAGAAGUAAGCUCCCGAGCACAGGUAUCCCACGCUAAACAAGAUUCAGGGAUUCUCACGGAUGAAGAAAGUGGUGAUGAGAAGAAUGACGUGUUCGAAAGUGAGCCGGUCAAAGCUCGACCACCUCGAGUACGGAGCGUAUCUGUUAUAAAUCUACCAAGUUGUCAUUCGUCGAUCGACAUAGAUAUUAAUAAUAACAAAAGAACUCAGAGCGCCCGUGGUAACAGUACGAACUCUUUUCAAGCUUUUAAUCUAAGCUUACCUCGAUCCAGGUCCAACAGUAGCAUGGAGGGGCAAUUCCACAGGGUGACCAGUAUGCCCGUCAUUAAUGAAAAUCCUAGCCAAGAUUCUACGAAAUUCAAAGGAAAAGCUUUCGCAAUAUUUGGAUACGUGAAUGAGAACAAUAGCUCUCCCACAAGAGGAUUUCCAUUGAACUUUAAACCCCUCUCACGGCACGAAAGCAUGCCCGUUAUUUCAGGGUAUGGCGAACAUAGAAGCCCACAUCAUCACCGGUCUCAAACAGAACCAGUUCAGUUUCAAAGAGGGCGAUUUAAUAGUAGUUUUAGUAGUGGUCAUAACACACAACCUUCUGAUAGGCCUGUAAUGAGAGCAAGCAGUCAAAUGGACCUUAGAAGGAUUGACCAACAAACAGUCAAACCUUACAAGAUCUAUCGAACUUCUAGCCAAGUAUCUUUAGUCUGAUCGUGCUGUAGAGAACUACUAUAUUUAUAAUAAUUUUAUGGGUUGUAUAAUAUGCAUACAAAAAGUUUUAGUUUUUGUGGAAAAUAUGUGCACUCUACUCUUACAACUUACCAGGGGGGAGGGGGGGGGGUAAUGGGACUUUUGCAAUUGUAUCAGGAGGUUUAUUAUUAUUUUUAUAUGACUUGGCUACAUCUUCAAGCAACGAAGACUGUUCAAAGCCCUGUUUUCACUCCUUCAGUGAUCAGGUGACCUGUCGAUGAAGGAUUAGCUAUUCCGAGGGUGAGUGAAAGACUGAGUUAAGUUGGUAUUGCAGUGCAUUGAUGAAUUCUUUAGGGGGGCAUAUUUUCAAGAUGGCGUCUAUUUUGUCCCAUGAAACAGUCCCAAAAUGCACUGCAAAUCCAACACGACCCAGUCUCUGACUCGACAUCAGAAUGACUAAUAGAGGUUUUGAACCAUCACAUGCCCACGCCCAUAAUACAGCUUGGGCUGCCUGUGGAUAGAUGGUAUAACAAAGAAAUCUCUUUUGAAUUCUUAUGUAAAAUUAAACGACUUGUGUUGUUUCUGCCAUCUAACAUGGCUGCCAUCACGUGAUGGUGCAAAACCUCUAUACCUUUAGCGGCAGCCGCAAGUUCGCUUCUAACUCGCUCAAACUAGAACCUGCUGCUCAAUUAUCAAUGCUUCAUUAGACUUUAAGGCUCACGGUGGACCCUACGAUGUUGGGCUGGGACUAUGGAGGGGGAUUACUCUAGAAAAGAUAGUAAACUAGUAUUCUAUAGUAUGUACUAGAGCUCCCUCUGCGCGAUCCCUGAUACAAAGUCCUGGGGGAAAACAUUAUUUCGUAACUGUAGCUUUAAUUAUUGCCGGUGAAAGAAAGCUUCUCCAUGUUUUAAUCA